AUGUCUGCUGUAAUGAAGCUGAAGACUUUGCAGGGGCAUCUUCAAGAGUUGAAGGACUUUUCAAAGGCAAAUAUAAAACUUGAGCAGUAUGUAACACCACCUCAUAUUGCAGCUGUUGCAUUGUACUCAAUACAGACUCAAUUCGAUGCCUUGGAAGGAAAGCUGGUGCUAGAUGCAGGCUGUGGACCAGGAACGUUGGGGAUAGGUGCAGCCCUCAUGGGGGCAGCGGCCAUCACUGCGAUGGACAUAGAUGAGGGUGCCCUGGAAGUAUUCCAGGAAAACGUUGACGAUAUGGAAAUUACCAAUAUUGAAGCUGUACAAUGUGAUUUUCUCAAUGCUGAUAUUUUUCGGCUAGAAAACUAUUUUGACACUGUGCUAAUGAACCCACCCUUUGGCACCAAGAACAAUUCUGGGAUUGACAUGAAGUUCCUCCAAACAGCACUGAGAUUGAGCUCUGACAGUGUAUUUUCUUUACACAAAUCAUCUACAAGGGCCCACAUUCAAAAGAAGAUAAAAGAGUGGGGGGCGAAAGGAAGCGUCGUGGCAGAGCUCCGCUACGACCUGCCAGCCACAUACAAAUUCCACAAGCAGCAGUCGCGCGACAUCGCGGUCGAUCUCUGGAGAGUGUACCACCCUGAUUCUUGACACAAACUAAUUUUAUAGAUAAUAUUAAGUGUAAUUAGUUUAAUUGGUAAAUCUUCAUCAUUGACAAGAUCAUAAAGCAAGUCACAGAACUUGUGAUAUUAUUUUUAAUAUCUUUUUUAUCAUAAGUGAUUGUUCUGUUAGAACAAAUCGGAAAAUGAAGUUUUGUAUUUCCAUGAAUUACUUGUGAAUAUAUUGUACGUAAUUUGAUGUAUUUACUAGGGUAAACUUAAACAACAAAUUCAAUGAAUUGAUGAUAUUUGUAAUAAAAAAAUAUUAAUUACAA